AUGAAUAAGAGAGAAGUACCUCCAGAAUUUUUGUCUAGUAAAAAUCGAGAGGUCUUUAGUAGUCUUUUUGGAUUCAAAAAAGAUUACUCAUUGGUCUCUUAUGUUCUAAAAAAAGAAAAGUGCGUUAUUUUAGUAUCCUCCUUACACAACGAUAAUGAAAUAGAUCCUGAGACAUAUGAUCAGAAAAAACCCACCAUGAUAACAUUUUAUAAUAACACAAAAGGAGGAGUAGAUACAACUGAUAAAUUGUGUGCCAGUUAUAAUGUAUCAAGAAAUAUUCGUCGUUGGCCGAUGGUAGUGUUUUGCGCUAUUCUAAAUAUGAGUGUAAUUAAUGCGAGAUUGAUUCACAUUGGGAACGAUCAAGCAGUCACUAGAAGAAAAGUCUUUUUGAAAAAAUUAGUAGACGAAUUAGUACUUCCGCAGUUAUACAGGCGAAGUCAGAAUACUGUAGGUAUGCCCCUCGACCUGCAACGAAAAUUGCAGCCAUACCGACAAGACGAACGAAACCUUGCCAAUGAAGAAGGUCAAGAAGCUACAGGUGCGAAAAGAAAACGAAGCUAG